GGUCUGGGCAGAAAUUCUGGAAGAAUCGUAAAGGCGACGAGGAACACAAGCCGCCGCCGCCGGUCUGUUGCCCUUCCGGUCUCCCAACCCUAGCUAGAGUUCUUCCGGAAUCUACCGAUCCACGAGGCGAGGAGGAUCACGAUGCCGCCAGGGGGAGCAGGGGGAAGCGAGCAUGGCCGCACGGGAGAGGAGCAGAACCAGAACCACCCGCCGGCGAUCCGCCGCCGCGACGAGCCCCAUCCCGCGUCGCCGUUCCCCGCCGUAGCUUCUCAGAAGCAGAGGAAGAAGAGGAAGCCAGCGUCGGCGGCAGCGGAGAGCGUCUCCGAGGGCCCCCUCGUCGAGAUCCUGGCGCGGCUGCCCUACCGGUCGCUCUGCCGCUUCCAGUGCGUCUCCAAGCAGUGGCGCCAGCUCUGCUCCGACACCAUCAAAACCAUCAAGAGGGCGCCGCAGACCCUCGCCGGAUUCUUCCAUAACCGCCUGGCCGGCAACCUCUGCUUCAGCAAUCUGUCCGGGGGGCGCCCGUUGGUCGACGCUUCUCUCCCUUUCCUGCGCGGGCGAUACCAAAGAUUCAAGCUCCAGCAAUGCUCCACCAGCCUCCUCCUUUGCAAAUGCUGGGGAUGGUUGUCGGAAAACGACGAAUUUGAUUUCGUGGUGUGCAAUCCGAUGACCGAGCAGUGGACCGUUCUGCCUCCUAUAGAAUGGCCGGAUGACAAAGACGACGACGACGACCCCCAAUGUUUCAAGCUGAGGUAUCCUUUCCUGGUUUUUGACCCGGCCGUUCCGUCCCGUUUCGUGGUGUUUGCGCUCCUCAUUGAGUCGGUCGACGAUGUGGCGAUAUACUCGUCGGAAACCAGGCAAUGGACUCCGAGCAGUGGAUGGGAAUACAUGGAGUAUCCUGCUGUUGUCCCCGAUUGUGCCGUCUUCCUCAAUGGCAUGAUGCAUUUCUUGCAUUUGUCGAUCGAUGACCCUUUCAUAGCCGUGUUGGACAUUGAGGGGGAGGUUUGCCGGAAAAUUGCUGCCCCCGAUGGAAUGCUAGGAGCCACGCCUGGCUAUUAUGGUUCGGUGGGGUGCUCGCAGGGGCUCCUGCAUGCUUGGUACAUGGAUCCUCAUGAUUACGAGCUCUCUGUGUGGGUGCUCAAGGAUUAUGCUACUGAAGAGUGGACCCUAAGGCAUGCUAUCGACGUUCCACAACUCUUUGGAGAAACAGAAUCCGACCAAGAGGAGGAUUGUGACCAAGAGGAUGGCUCCUGUAAGUAUGAGAUGUUUGCAAUUCAUCCGGAAUACAACGUGAUUUUCCUUACUGACCGGAAGGCGGUGAGUCUGUCGUAUGAUAUGGACAGCGGGCAAGUACAUCCGAUGUGCGCUUCUGGAGAUUUCCUGGGUGGUCUACCUUUUAUUCCCUGCUUUGCAGACUUGGCUCUCGGAUGAUCACUAACGCCUCUGCAAAAAUCACUCUUCUAGUUCCGUUGCAUUUGGACAUGUCCUACUAUUCCAAGUUAUGCUCUUCGGUUGCAUCCGUUUUCUAACGUUAAACAAUGUUGGUCAAUGGUAGAGAUUUUGUAAGAGAGAAGCGAUCCCAUGGAUAAUGUUUGGUUGCAUGAAUUACCUAGUCACCUGACACCUAAUAUAUUUGCUUUCAUGCAGUACUAA